UUCGGGAUUACGGGUAUGAGUCACCACGCCCAGCCAGCAUUGGGGUAUUUUAUCGAAGGCGGAGGUCAUGAAUGUUGAGAGAGCCUCAGCAGAUGGGGACUUGCCAGAGGUGGUCUCUGCCAUCAAGGAGACUUUGAAGAUAGGGUUCGGGACACCAGUCAACAUCGCUAUGGCAGGGGACUCUGGCAAUAGCAUGUCCACCUUCAUCAGUGCACUUCAAAACACAGGGCAUGAGGGGAAGGCCUCACCUCCUACUGGGCUGGUAAAAACUACCCAAAGACGUGCCUCCUAUUUCUCUUCCCACUUUCCAAAUGUGGCGCUGUGGGACCUGCCUGGCGCAGGGUCUGCCACCAAAAUUCUGGAGAAUUACCUGAUGGAAAUAUAGUUCAACCAGUAGGACUUCAUCUUGGUUGCAUCUGCACAAUUCAGCAUGAAUCAUGUGAUCCUUGCCAAAACCAUUGAGGACAUGGGAAAUAAGUUCUACAUUGUCUGGACCAAGCUGGGCAUGGAUCUCAGCACAGGUGCCCUCCCAGAAGUGCAGCUACUGUAAAUCAGAGAAAAUGUCCUGGAAAAUCUCCAGAGGGAGCAGGUAUGUGAAUGCCGCAUAUUUAUGGCCUCCAGCCUUGAACCUUUAUUGCAUGACUUCCGAAAAUUAGAGACACAUUACAAAAGACUCAUCCAAAUUAGGUGCCAUGGCCCUCUUCAAAACCUGUCCCACACCUGUGAGAUGAUCAUGAAUGACAAAGCAACCUCCCUGCAGAAGAAAACAACCAUACAGUCUUUCCAGGAUGCCUUUGGCAUCUGGGGUGCAGAUGAUUUUGUGAAGUGUCUGAAGGUCUUUUAAUUGUUCUUUGGUAUGGAUGAUGAGUC